AUGUGGCUAGGGUUCGCCCAAGUUGGGAUGAGUGCCGCCAGCAAAGGUUUCGAUACUUUCUUGGGCUCGAUUUUUGAUGAACGACUCGAUCCGACGAUCUACGCACCCCUGGAUCACCACGAAAUUAGCGACGACCUCUCUGCACUCUGCCAGAAUUCGACAAACGGGUCGUUGCUGGUUGCAGCGCGUGUAGCGUCGAUCCAUGCUGAUGAACCACUGUUUACAUAUUCUUACUCCACGGAUCCGAAGCAGAUUGUCGACCCCGACACCGUCUUCCGUGUGGGCAGCAUAUCCAAACUAUUCACUGUCUAUACGAUACUGGUCUCUCAGGGCCACAGCAUCUUUGCCCAGUGGAUUGGAGACCUGCUCCCGGAAUUCGCCACAUCCAAACCCCCGAGCGACACUCGCGAGCUUCCAGCAAAAUGGUCAGAAGUCACGAUUGGGGCACUCGCAUCACACUUGGCGGGCAUCGCUAGAGACUACAAUUUGGGUGACCUGGCAGCGCUCCCCAAUAAGCCCAGCGGCCUCCCCAACAUCCCGCCGUCCGACCUCCCUGGAUGUGCCAAUGAAAGCCAUGUACCGACUUGUUCCCGCUCAGACUUCAUGACUACAUUGAAGCAGCGAGACGCCGUCUUCGAGACGUUUCACACACCGGCGUAUUCAAACAAUGCCUUUCGACUGCUCGGAUAUGUCGUGGAGACGAUCUCAAACACGAGCUAUGCCACUGCCCUUCAACAGUUGGUACUACACCCGUUAGGUCUGAAAAUGACCUUUGUACGUCAACCACCGAACGACGUCCGUAGCGCCAUUCCUGGAGACACGACUAGCUCCGGCUGGUCCCAGGACUUGGGAGAUGAGACACCCUCUGGGGGUCUCUACUCGACCACCAGGGACCUGUGCUCCUUUGGUCUUGCGAUCCUGAGCAAGAGGCAGCUCUCAUCCGGGGAUACGAGGCGCUGGUUGAAACCGUGGACACAUACCGCCUCACUAUUCCUCUCAGUCGGCGCCCCGUGGGAAAUAUACCGCGCCGAGGUUUCCGGCCGUGUUGUUGACCUGUACUGUAAAUCCGGAAGCACUGGCGCCUACAACUCGUGGCUAAUCUUGGUUCCGGAUUUUGGCAUCGUCAUUUCAGAACUGGUCGCCGCGUCCGAGCCGGCCAGCGAGCUGCCUCUCCGCCUGGCUGACGUUGUCACGGCCCACACUCUCCGUACCAUCUCUAGUCGCCAAGCGCAGACUCGAGGGCUGCUGGGGUGGUACAGUACUGCCAACGUCACCAACGCGACGGCAGGCGGCAGCACGUUGGAACUGACACUACCUUCGAAUGGGCCAGGUCUCGAGAUUCGCAACUGGGUCAGCUACGGCGUUGAUUUUCUGCAGGUCGCCAACGACUACUCUCGCUCCUCUGGGAGUGGGACUCUUAAGUCUGUGCGCCUUUAUCCCGCCAUCAUCGACCGGGGUGGCAAAGAGCUGAGGUAUCGCGCGGUCUUCCUGACCGAAAGCAGCCCUGAGUCAGGCCUGAGUAUUACCCACUCCAAGGGCAUCCCUCGUCUCUUUGGUCAAGCUACCGAGGCGUGGGAUGAUGUGGACCAAUUCACGUACGGCGGACAGCCUCUGGACGAGUUUAUCUUCAAAGUGGAGCAAGAGAGCCGUAUUGCUAGUGUCCAUGUCCCUGGAUUGAGGGUUACCAUGGCUAAAAGGGAGGUUUAG